CCACAUCAUCCCAAGAUGAAGAGUAUCUUCAGGAACGCAGGGGCAGUAAUUUUGCUCAUCAAUACAGCAAAGGCACAGCUGUACCCCAACCAAAGCCGGUUGAACCACACUUGCCAGCUCCAGGAACCGCUCCUCUCCUGCCCUUCGCAAGACCCUUCGAAAGUCGACUCAUGUUGUGUCGAGACAUUUGGUGGCCUUCUUCUCACUACCGAGUUUUGGAAUACUUACACCGGUCUUGAGUCUCAGGGCCAGCUACUGCCCACAGAUGCGUGGACUUUACAUGGGUUAUGGCCAGACUACUGUGACUCAAAGUUUGGACAAUAUUGUGAUCUGAACCGCCAGUAUGAUCCAAUUCCUUCCCCAAACACCACGAAUGGCCUACCAAAUGGUACCUUUGUCGCUCCCUACACUAGAGGACCUAACAUUGGCACCUUUCUCGAGCGCUUCGGCCGUUACGACUUGCUUGAGUAUAUGAACACGUACUGGACUGGAUUCAAUCAAGAUAAUCCGGGAUUCUGGGCCCACGAGUUCAGCAAACAUGCCACUUGCUUCAGCACUUUCAAUGUACCUUGCUACGGCCCACAGUACCGUCAACACGAGGAUGUUGUUGAUUUCUUCGAGACAGCAAUCAAAUAUUACAAGAGGUUCCCGACCUUCAAGUGGCUAGAGGACGAAUGUAUCACGCCGUCCAACAGUACCACCUAUACCUAUUCCAAGCUGAGGGAUAUUCUGUUCGAGAGGCAUGGUGGUAUCCCAUUCCUUGGCUGUUCUGGCCCAAGAUACAACACUACGACGACUGGCAAAGGUAGCACGGACAAUGGAUUCACUGUACUGAACGAAGUGUGGUAUUACGAGCACGUUUAUGGACGCCCGCAGGAAGGAAACACUGUCCCGGUUAACGCUUCGUCGACUUACUUAACCAAUUGCGCGAAAGCUGAGGGUGCAAUCCGCUACUAUGAGAGGACGAACAGUUCCGAGAAGGCGCCUAUUGUCCUCUACUAA